ACUUUCAAUAAAGCGGCUGCCCAGAGAGGAGAGAGCGCACCCAGAGGAUCUACAAUUAUUAAUGAAGCUUUAAUUUCAACUAGUUUCUCACCCAAUCCCAGAAUUGCUCGUGGGGGGAAAUGGAAGAUUUGGGGAAAGUAUUUUAAUGUAACCAGGUCUUCAGUCAUGUUUGACUCCUUGGUAAAGUGGAAGGUUUGGGCGCGUGAUUGGACUUGUGCGCUGUUUCCGUGCGUGAAAUGAAAAGGGUCUACAAUGGUUUUGGGUUUACAUUAACUAUGGGAGCCCAGAUUCUGGAGUCCAACUCCAGCGGCAACUUGACUCCUGCGGUGUCUGAGGCUGGGAUUGUCCUCCCGGGCUACCUGGCGGUGAUCUUAUCGGUCCUCAUGGUGACUCUGGUUGUCGUUGUGGUGGCUGGAAACGCACUGGUCAUCAUGGCUUUCAUUGUGGAUAAAACCCUGAGAAAUCAAAGCAACUACUUCUUUCUGAACCUUGCUAUAUCUGAUUUUCUCGUGGGGGCCUUCUGCAUCCCGGUGUACAUCCCGUACAACCUGACAGGCCGGUGGAUGCUGGGUAAAGGUCUCUGCAAGGUGUGGCUUGUCAUGGACUACCUGCUCUGCAGCGCCUCAGUCUUCAACAUUGUCCUCAUUAGUUAUGACCGCUUCCUGUCAGUCACAAGAGCACAGUGUCUGGCUGUAAUUUGGUCCAGUCAAUCUGAACACUCCCUGGUUAACUUGGUUAAAUACAGAGCACAGCGAAACAUGACCCGCCAAGCUGUGUUCAAGAUGGUGGCGGUGUGGGUGCUAGCCUUCCUCCUCUACGGCCCUGCCAUCAUCUUCUGGGAGAUGAUCGUCGGCCAGAGCGUUGUCCCGGCUCACGAGUGCUAUGCUGAGUUUUAUUUCACCUGGUACUUCCUGCUCAGCGCUUCAACGUUUGAGUUCUUCACCCCGUUUGUGUCUGUAGCUUUCUUGAACCUCAGCAUUUACCUGAACAUCCACCGCAGGAACAAGAAAGGAGGAGCCCACGUCGAGGACGACGCCAAGAUGCAGAGGACCAGUAAGAAGCACAGAGAAGGAGGAGGCUGGUCUGUGUUUUUCGUGAAGACUCGCAAGGUGUCGUCCAGCGAGCCUACUGCUAUUUCUGCAGUUAUCGAGGACGACGAUGUCCUGUCCCCUUCCUCCUGCGGGGACCCUAAUACCAGUCAGAUAUUCAUGCAGAGGGAGAGGUUCUCUCCUACCAGAAAAAACUCCAGGCUGUUUCAGCACACGGCCUCCUGCACGGCACCCAGCCACAGGACACAGGCAUCUCGACUUUUACGUGACAAAAAGAUCGCCAAAUCUUUGGCCAUUAUUGUCUGCAUUUUUGGGAUUUGCUGGGCUCCUUAUACUCUACUCAUGAUCAUUCGCGCCGCCUGUAGCGGUACAUGUGUGGCGAACUACUGGUACGAGAUUACAUUCUGGCUCCUGUGGCUGAACUCUGCCAUCAACCCGUUCUUGUACCCUCUGUGUCACAGCAGCUUUCGAAGGGCUUUCUCAAAGAUACUGUGUCCUAAAAGACAGUCAGUCCAGCCUCAGAUUGAGGUUCAGUCUUGUUAGAUGAACUCAACUCCACGUCCAUGCUUUAUAAAUGCAGUAACUGUUGUUGGUCAAAAAAUCCAUAUACUGUUCUUCCAUCCCAAAAAUGUUUGCAAUCAAGUGAGAUGUACGAGAUUUGUCACAACAUAUCUGACAGCAAUAGGACAAUUCAACAUAGAAUACAUGAAAAAUGUGCAAAAAAAUGCAGUUAUAAUAUACUAAAUGACAGGGUAAAGCAGUGGAUUCCACUUUACAAGCGGAUAUAAUUGCCCUUGAUUAAAGCGCCCCUCAAAGCCGAUGUCAGAUUUUUUUUGUGUACCUCUUCAUUUUAAAAUGUAUGCUAAUUUCCACAGACAAUCUUCACAAGUAGGACAGGAAGGAGUGAUGUGGUUUAGGCUUUCUCACCACUCAGUUCUUUAUGUGCUGAAGGCUGCGAAAUGAUGACUUAUGUAGCCAGAAAGAAUUUGAUGACCAUAAUUUAGUCUAAGACAUUAUACAAGAAGCAAUGCACACCCAGCUUUUCACAGGGCUGCUGUGAUGAGAAAACCUUUCAACUCCUAUUUAGAUCAAAUUGAUGUGAAGGAAGGAUGUUAUGGUCUUUUAUGGCUUUAGAAAGUUUCAUAAAUUCCCUGCAUAUGAAACAUUUUCACUUUAGAGUUUUAAAUGCGCCAUUUGAAACAGAAGGCCUUUUGCUUAUGUCUUCAAAAAGGUACUUUGCAGUUUCAAGCUUUUCAUCAUGCAACAAUAGGAUGGCAAAUGUUGCAUCCUCAAAGUUCAAAGCACCUGAGAAGAAGAGAAUAGCAUGUAUUUGUUUACUGAGUGAACUGUUAUCACAGUGAUGUUUUAUUUCAUUUCAUCUGGGCUGAGGGCAGGGCGAAUCAGCUGUUAUCUGCCAACCCUGAAUGUGCACUUAGUUUUAAAAAGGUGUGCUUGUUGAUGUUGACAAAUGUACAGCAUUAUAAAAUGAGCGCAGUAUCAAAACUUUUGUAAAAUAUUAUCAGUGCCAAGCUAGAUGGUUGCGUGCAGCAAGUGCAGUAUUUAUUGAAAGACGUUACUAGUUUAUACCACCCAAACUACUUUGUAUCUUGGCUAUGAAUGUGUGUUGGUCUAAGUAGAGAAAGAAAGAAUAAAAAGAAGAUUGCCUACAGCCUUCGUAACUGUACAUGUUUUUGGUCAGAUUUGGAACACAGGUAGAGGGCACAGAGGGAAUAGUUUGACAUUUUGGGAA